AUGAAGUGUAUUGGAAAUUCAAUUAAACUUGAGCAAAUGGACAGAUAUGAAUUAUCUGCACUAAACCAACAACUUGUUGCUGACAUUGAUUGGAUUAACGCAAAUAUCAAAAGAGUUACUGCAGACCUAGAAGACUAUAAUGAAAAAACAUCAAUUUUAAAUACGUUAAAAUGUCCAAACACAAUACCAACCGAUGCAUUUGUUCCACUCACACAAACUUUAAUGAUAAAAGGAGAUAUUGAAUUUAAUGGAAGAGUUAUUGUUCAUGUUGGAGAUCAGUAUUAUGUUAGUAAAAAAGUUGAUAAAGCUAUUGAAUUUUAUACAAAAAGAAUUAAUGAAAAACAAAUGGAAAAGAAUGCAUAUGAAAUUUUACUUAGAGAUAGACAAAGUGUUCUAUCUAAAAUGGAACAACUUGUAAAAAGAAUGAUUGAAUUACAAAACUUAUUAAAGAAGUAA